CCCGACGGCCGUGUAGACCGCGACGCCUGUGCUCGCCUCCGCCCCUCAUGGGUCUCUUCAACCGCAAGUCCAACAGCCAGGACUCUAAUGGCGAGCCCAAGGAGAAGAAGACCGGCUGGAAACGGCCGGCGAACACGGCGUUCAAGCAGCAGCGUCUCAAGGCCUGGCAGCCCAUCCUCACCCCCAAGACUGUCCUUCCCACCCUCUUCAUCAUCGCCAUCAUAUUCGCCCCCAUCGGUGGGCUGCUCAUCUGGGGCUCGUCUCAGGUCUCAGAAAUGACCUUCGACUACUCCGACUGCGAGAAGCUCACCGCAUCUUCGAACAACGACUCGCUUACGUUCACCGACCUGCCUUCGGGCAAGUACAAGUACUCGCUCGGCGGGGAUGCCAAGAACGCGAAACCGUCGUCGCGCCCGCGUUACGCCUACCUUGAGGACGACUCGCAGGACAUAUUCAACAAGAAGCAGUGCAUCCUCGAGUUCAACGUGCCAGCGACGAUUGGGCCGUCGGUCAUGCUGUACUACCGUCUCAGCAACUUCUACCAGAAUCACCGCCGCUAUGUGAACAGUCUCGAUGCGGAUCAGUUGCAGGGGAAGAAGCGGAGUGCGAGUGCGUUGAAUAAGGGUGACUGCGACCCCUUGGGCUCAAGGGAUGGCAAGCCCAUCUACCCGUGUGGUUUGAUCGCGAACUCCGUGUUCAAUGACACCAUCAACUCCCCCGUCCUCCAGAACCCCCCUGAGGAUGUCACCUCCACCCAGUACCAAUUCACCUCCAAGGGCAUCGCCUGGCCUGGCGAAGCCAAGAAAUACGUCACAUCGCCCAUCGGUGGCGACGGCUACGAGUCCACGUCGGACAUCGUGCCCCCGCCAAACUGGAUUCUCCAGUAUCCCGACGGCUACACGGACGACAACCCGCCGCCCGAUCUCAAGAACGACGAGCACUUCCAGAAUUGGAUGCGCACGGCUGGGCUGCCGACGUUCUCGAAGUUGUACGGAAGGAACGAUGAUGAUAAGAUGGUUGCGGGGACGUAUAGGAUGGUCAUCGGGUUGAACUUCCCCGUCCUGCCGUACAAGGGCACCAAGUCCAUCGUUAUCACUACAGUAUCAUGGAUAGGCGGCAAGAAUGAUUUCCUUGGUUGGGCAUACGUGGCUGCCGCCGGCUUGUUCUGCUUCCUCGCUAUCGCGGGCACUGCGCGACAUCUCAUUAAGCCGAGGCGCCUCGGUGACAUGUCUUUGUUGUCCUGGAACCGAUAGAGCUUUCGCUGUGCUACACGGUAUACUCCAGUAUAGCACGGACGCCUCUGAGCAUGCCAGCGACUUACCCCGCCGCGUACGACCACCCUGUAAUACAUCGCACACUCGUAAUUAGGAUGCUAAUAUUUAUGCCUGCCAUGUAUUCUGCCUUCGCGCUUGAACGUAGGUCUGUCUCGCGCAUUUCCUGGACGGUUGUCAGAUGUUUCCUGCCACACUAUCCUUUGUCCAUCAUGUUUCUUCCCAAGUUCACCUCACGCAGAGGGCGCG